GAAACCCGGAAGUGGGGAGAUGUGCCUGGCUGGUAGAGCAAGUUGUUGUUGAGUUUUGGAGUUGGACUCAACUAGUCUUUUCCUUAAUUUACAUACAUUUAAGAGGGUGGGGGAGAUAAAAAAAAAAAGGCUGCAAGUUUCUGGAAAUUCAGCCCAGGCAGAGUUGACAGGUCUCCAAGGUUGAAGAAAAGGAAGAACAGUUGCUUUAUUUGGGUGUUUAAAACUUUGAUUUUAAGUUCAGUUUGUUUAUCUCUUUCCCUUCCCCCAUCACCUCACCGUUCCCAACCUUGAAAACUACUUCCUGCUUUUGGAGAGAUGAGUUCAUUGGGCAAGUUGUUUGGAUUUAAAGGGAAGGGAUCGAAAGGCGUGGCUGCCUCUCCCCAGGAGGCGAUUCAGAAGCUGCGCGAGACCGAGGGCAUCCUGGUCAAGAAGCAGGAAUUUCUAGAGCAGAAGAUCCAGCAGGAGUUGCAGUCGGCCAGGAAGCACGGCACCAAAAACAAACGUGGUACAGAACAAGCCUGCGAUGAGUUACUCGCGGAGCUGGAAGAGAUGGAGCAGGAGGACCUGGAGAAAGAUCUCCUCAACGUUGGGGACGAGAACGUGGCAGACCUUCCGAGCGUGCCAGGCACCAAGCUGCCCUCCGCCCGAGAGGCGAAGGCCGCUGAAGAGGAUGAAGACCUCAGGCAGCUUGAGAGCUGGAUUUCCUGAGCCCCCCAGUUCUCCUGGGUGGUGGGGGAGGUGGGGCGUGCGCGGGCUGGGGUGGGGGCUGACGGUGGGACGUGUCUUUUGUUCCCCCACCCAAGUGAUCUCUGCCUCCGAUCUCUACUCGUCUGGUCUUCCACCGUCUCCUGCACUGACCCUGACCUCCCUGCAGCUCCAGAAACCUCCCACCCCACCCCGAGGCAGAAUCUUACCCACGCCCCCACGCUCUGUAUCUAACCCCGUGCUGUCCCUGGGAGUGGUUGAUGGGGCAGAGGGGGAAUGGUGUAGAGGGGGCUUUACUCUGUAUCUAACCCCGUGCUGUCCCUGUCCCUGGGAGUGUUUGAUGGGGAGGGGGACAGUGUAGAGGGAGCUUUACUCUGUAUCUAACCCCGU